AUGUACUACCGUGACCGUGACGCCCAAGGUGCCUGGGCAGCCGAUAGGAGGCACGAAGACAGCGCGGACGAGUACCACGGUAGCAGAGACUGGGAGCCCUACAGACAGCCUUCGCGAUCGCCGCCGCCGCCGCAGCCAGGGCGCUACCGGGGAUGGGAAGGUGGCUACAGGGACAGAGAUAGAGACCGUGAGGGGUACCGGUCUCCCCCAAGCUACGACUAUGAUAUGAAUUAUAGCCACAGCCGCAGUCGCAGUCGAUCCCAUAGCCGGUCGCGCAGUCGAGCGCGUAGUCGAAGUUACAGUCGCAGUCGAAGUAGAAGUGCCAGCCGGAGCCAGAGCAGACGUCACACGCGGCCCUUGCGGCACUACGGGACAGAGAGUAGAGAGGUCAUGAUGGAGGGUGUGCCGGUUGACAUGGUCGAAGAAGACCUUGCAUUUAUCCGCUUCCCGUCUAUGGACGACUCGCGUGAAUUCCUGGAAGCCAACUUUCCAGUCAUAUAUCUAUAUGGCCAAGCUGGUAGUGACGGCCAGGGCGCAAAGGUCAGGAUUGCCUACAGCCGUGAGCGAGAGGAUCGUAACAGAGCCCGACCCGACGGAGAAUGGACCUGUAUCAAUAGUCUAACGUUGGUAGAUAUUGCUGUACCUUCUGUGGAAGAGACUGCUAAGGUAGCCAACAAUGGAGAUAAUGAUGUUUCGACUGACGGCACGCCCUCUCAGUUUCUCCUCUUCAGAGGCCUCGAACCCAGCGUUACCGAGGAAGUCCUGGCAAAGGGCGUUGCGAAGCUUUGCAAACAGUCCAAGUCCGCGGCGGCUUCGGCCCCCCCUGGUUCAUCCGGGAUUGGUGGAGCCACGGCAAAAAAGGGAGCCAAGGUCGCGUCUACAACCGGCGACAGCAAUCUCGGGGCACGAGAUGGAUCAAUUCGUCGUGUCCUGUUGGUACGAGAUCGCCGAACAAAAGAGAGCUGGGGGUACGGAUUUGCGGAGUUUGCGACUGUGGAGGAUGCUCAGUGCGCUGUCGCUCGCUACACUUCCUUCGAUACCUUUACCAUCUCUUCGAAGCCGGUCCUCGCCUCGUACAUCCAUGCUGGCGUGUUUGUACCCGUUCUUAAUCUCAACCCAGGUGUUCAUAACAGCCAUAUCAGCGGCAGUACGAGUACGAAUAGCGACCUUGAGCGAUUCACGUUUAGCCCACUUGGCAACUUGGCUGCGAAGCUGGCUUACUGGGACGAUGAGGCAUAUGCUUGCGAACUCAAACUUGCCACGAGCGAGCCUGGUGGAAAUGCAGCGGCAGGGGGAACGGCCUCCACCUCCUCACAGAAGACGAGUGCUGCCAGGGCCGCGCACCCUGGCCGGGACGGAGAGAAAGAAAAGAAGAGGAAGAAAGUGGAUGCGGGGGUAGGGGCUGCUGCUGGCUCUGCGACGAAGAAGAUCGCCAUGGCUUCGCAUCUCCAAUUCUGGAGCAAUCGCCAUGCGGAGUUGCAUGGCCUUGAUAGACGCAGCGCCGAGACGGGCGAUGGAGAUCAGUCCAACGACCCUGGUACGGCUGCUGCCCGAUCACAACCCCAGUCACAUUCAUCAUCACCAUAUCUCCAACCACUCCCUCAGCAGCCAAAUCAGCCAAAGCAGCCACAUUUGCAAGGACAGCAGUCCUACGCCGACCUUAACCGACUGUGUUGUUAUCUAUGCAUGAGAGAGUUCAAAUCUGAGGCCCACGUUCGCCAGCAUGAACAGCUGAGCCAGCUGCACCGUGAGAACCUGCAAGAUGAGACGCUGAAGGCGAGGGCACUGGCCAAGCUGGCAAAGAAGCGAACGCUUGCAGCAGACCAGACAGAGUAUCGCGAUCGUGCCAAGGAGCGGCGGAGGGUGUUUGGUUCGUCGAGGACUAAAAGGAGAGAGGCUGAAGAUGGUCGCCAGGGUGAGGAUGAGCCAGGGCCUGGGAGAAACCCUGGUGGUCCUGAUGCUGCUGGUGGCCCUCCCCCAGCGCUGUCCAAGGGUGCUGCCCUACUGGGGAAGAUGGGUUGGCUGGCUGGCUCCGGUCUCGGUGCGGAAGGGACCGGCAUGAAGCAACCGGUGGCAGCAGACCUGUAUGUGCAGGGCGUGGGAUUGGGCGCCCAGGGUUCAAAGGUAGGAGAUGCAAUUCAGGAAGCUGGCCGAAGCACGCGUGGGAGAUAUGAUGAGUUUCUGGAGAAGACGAGGGAGCAUGCCCGCGAGAGGUACGAGAUGAUGAAGGACAAGCAGGGCUAG